AUGACGUACCUAACAAAUAGGUACGGUAUGCCUUUUGUUCUCUUUGUGGGUGUAAACCAUCAUGGACAAUCUAUAUUGUUAGGGACUAGCUUGAUUUCAAGUGAGGACACAAGUACAUUUGUCUGGUUGUUUCGAGCAUGGUUAACGUGCAUGAAUGGUCGAGCUCCCAAAGCUAUUAUAACAAAUCAAGAUCAGGCAAUGAAGAGUGCUAUUUCUACUGUAUUUCCAAAUACUCGCCACACAUAUUGUCUCUGGCAUGUCAUGCAAAAGCUGACAGAAAAAUUGGGAUCCCACACCCAAUUCAACGCUGGGUUGAAGACUUCUAUUGAGAGUGCUCUAUAUGAUUCACAAACUUGUGGAGAAUUUGAGGACAAGUGGAGGCAACUACUUAAUAUGUACAAUCUUGGUUCUAAUACAUGGCUGCAAGGGUUGUAUAACGAGAAGACUUUUUGGGUACCAGUUUACUUGAAAAAUGUAUUUUUGGCUGGUAUGAGCAUUAGAAAACGGUCUAAAAGCACGAAUGCUUUUUUUGACGGGUUUCUGCAUUCUAGUACAACGUUGAAGGAACUUGUUGAUCAAUUUGACAAUGCUCUAACUAAUAAGGUGAAAGUCGAGGCAACAGUUGAUUUCAAUUCCUUCAACCAAACAAUUCCAUGCAUAUCUCCAUUUGGCAUUGAGAAGCAGUUUCAAAUGAUGUAUACAAAUACAAAAUUUAAGGAGGUCCAAGAAGAGGUGUUUGGGUUGAUUUUAUGUAAUUGCACACUUGUCAGCACUAAAGGUUGUGUUUCCACAUUUGCUGUUUUGGAUCAAAUUUCGCUUGAUGACGAAGAUUUAAAAAAUGUGCAUUUUUUAGUUGACUACAACGAAGAGGAAUGCGAAUUCAAAUGCAUGUGUGCAUUAUUUGAGAUGAAGGGAAUUUUCUGUAGGCAUGCAUUUGCUGUUUGUCGUAUGAAGAAAAUUAAUGUGCUACCGGAAAAAUAUAUUUUGGAUCGAUGGAGAAAGGAUUUAAAGAGAAGAUACACACUGGUCAAAAGUAGUUAUGAUGACUUGCGGAGCAAUGCAGAUGCACAAAGGUAUGAGGUUGUAGUGAAAAGAUGUUUAAAAUUAGCAACACGUGUGUCCCAAAGUGAUGAGCAUUACAAUGCUUUGUUACGCCAGUUAGAUGAAUUUGAGCAUAAAUUUGAAGGCUUAACAUUUGAGUCAAGACCCUUUUCAACCAAUGUUAAAGAAAAAGUGGUCGUGGAGAAAGGUAAAAAGAUAUUAAGCCCCCACGUUGGCUGUGGGAAGGGGACAACCCCAACGAAAAGGAAGGUUCCGGUUGUAGAAAAGGUUGCAACCAAGAGAGAAAAAAAUAAACUUGCAGGAAAAUCUUCGUUGAUGAAUCCCAUUCAAGUAAGCUUCUGCUAUCUCAACUUGUGUUAGUGUUGAUGGUUUUGUUGUUGGAAUCCAACAUGGUAUUGUCACACAACUAACAUUAUCGGACAAUGAGGAGGUGUGAGAAAUUUGACUAAAUUGUACAUGUGUAAUACUAUCGACAUUCCAAGCUCAAAGGUGUCAUUUCAUGGAGAAGCUGAGGCCAUUUUAGAAUCUAUGUUGUUUUCAUCAAAUUGUUAUUGUGGAGUAGUUGGUAGCAAUGUAAUUUGCAAUUAGUAGCUUGUUCUUUGUAAUUUGUUAUAGUUGUAGUUGUAAUUCUUGUUUAACUUUGCCACUGUAUUUUGAUACUCUUUAGUGGCAGGGUUUUAUGUUCUAGCUUGUGUUUGCUACCGUAUGCCAAAA